UAGUUCCUUCUGUUGUACUUCCUGAUGGUCUGUUUCUUAUGAUGCCAGUUGUUUCCUGUUGUAUCGAUGUCCUGUUCCUCAAUGUCCUGCAGCUCUGCUAAGCUGAACGUCUAGCCACCAGUGGACUUCAUCAGACAAACCCCUCCGCUUCAGAGUAAGUUGAUUUCUACCUACAUUGAAAAUUACUGAGCUCUGUAUUCUUGGUCUCUGGCAAUAAAUCUGCAGGGGCUUCAUCAUGGUGGAGGAGAAGAAAGAUGGGAUAAACAACACAAGCCUUCCACCAGUUCAGCAGAAUAGACCUGCAUUGUCAUGGGAAUUGAAGAUCAAGAAAAAAGUGACUGUCCCCUCCUGCCUGGGCAUGUUCAGACCCAUUAUGGGCCAGUGCUGCCACCAGUGCACCCCAGACAGUCUGCGCGAGAAGCUUGGCAAAAACUCUUUUCUUGGUUUCUGCAACCUGCUGAGCAUUAACGAGACACAAACCAGAUAUCGAGGCUGGCUGGUGCGCAGGGUGUGCUGCGUUUUGUUUGUGAGUGGGUGCAAGGUUUACGGGAGUCCCGUUAACGACAGGUUGGAGAGAGUGUGUCAGAGCAACAGGGUGAGGGAGAUGCUCGGAGCGGCCCAUAAAGCACCCGAGGGGGAAGACAGCCAAGGGCAGCUCAGUCUUCUCGCACCAUUCUACCCCCUCAUUAGCGUCUGCAUUUCCCCUGGCUUCACAAGAUUCGUGUCCUGGGUGAUGCUGAAGAUGUUUGCCUCUGUAUUUGGUAGUAUUCAAGUCAACAAGAACCAUCUGCCAGCUUUACACAGAGCAGCACAAGAGGGCUCCCCCUUGGUAUAUGUGUAUAUGCGUCAAAGCGCCCUGGAUUGCGCUCUCAUCCCCCUCGUGCUCUUCUGUCACAGUCUCAGUGUGCCAUACACCGUUUGUCCUCUCAACAUUAAAAGCUCCUUCCUAAGAUCAGUCUUACAGAAAGUAGGAGUGGUCCUGCUACCUCCUUCUACAUUGACUGAGCUUGAAGCUGAAAUGGACCCUUUAUACGCUACUGUCAUGACAUCUCUGGUACGUGAGCUCCUGCAUGAGGGUCAGGCGUUAAGCAUUGGUGUGUCAGCGGAGUCUGGCCAUGGUGGGCAGUGGCUGGCUCGCAUCAGGCAGCUCAUCAAAGAGGGAUCUGUCCCUGAUGUCAGUCUGGUCCCUGUGGGCAUCUCAUACGACUCUGUGACUAACGUAAAGUUUGGAUCAAAGUCUGUGAUGCAGUGGCUGUUGUCACUUCUCUGGACGAAACCAUCCACAAGUGUGAUGAUCCACCUUGCCCAGCCAUUUUCUCUCAAGGAGAUGUGUGAGUCAGGGCGGUGCAGAGUAGAUGAAUGGCUCCCUCUACAGGACCUGUUGCUGCCUGUUGUCCUCAACAACAGUGCUGACAGUGUGUUUGGGAGGAGACGGAUGUCAUGGCUUCUGCCUAUGUUUCCUUCUACUGAACUUGAGGAGAAGAGUCAUUCAGACAGAGACCUCAGUGUUGCCAUCAUCCUCCACCUCAUCUUCUCGGCGGCUUCCUGCACGGCUGUGAUGUCCACCGGUGUCGUGUCCAGUCUUUUGCUCUACAAACACAGCAAGGGUGUGAGUACAUCUGUCCUGUGUCGUGACGUGGCCUGGCUCCUGGAGGAACUCUUGUUCAGAAACAGAGAUGUUGGCUUUGGGGGAACUCUUCAAGAAAUUAUCCACUACUCACUCUCUCUGCUUGCGCCUGACCUCGUCAUUGCUGCACUGCCGUCAGGAAAAGACACUGUCAUUGUGCCUCGUCCGUCCGUUGCCUCCAUCCUUCACCUCUCUCUUCUGGCCCAGAAGGUGACACACACGUUCAUACUGGAAGUCGUUGGAGCAUGUGCAGUGUCAGCCAUGCUGUGCGAGGUGGUCCUCAGCAGCGUCAGCAGCAGGUUGAGGACUGACGGCGUGAAGGGAGAGGAGGUCAGAGGUGACAUGGAGUUUGAUGUGGUGCUCAGUCAGUCAGAGCUGACGGAGAAAGCCUUGCAGCUUUGCCAUCUUCUGCCUCCGGGCAUCAUGCCACCCUGUCAGUCAACUCAGUGUUUUGCCCUGGAUGCUGUUGACAGUCUGGUCCACUGUGGCAUCCUGAUCAUGGAAGAAAUUCCCCGAGAUGUUCACAUCUGUGAUUUCUGGAAAAAGGAAGGCACUUUGACCUGGACCACCACCGAUGACCCUUAUCACAGCGAUUCUGACUGCGAGGAGCAGGACCUGCGCUCAUACAAGAUAAGCCAGCCUAGGCAGUGCCCAGAAAUGCUCUUCUUCUUCUGCAGAAUGUUAGCUGGACAUUUGAGGGCGUUGUGCUGGACCACUAUGGCACUGGACCAGAUGGACUCUCCUCUAGCUGAAGACGACUUUCUAUCUCAGAUACACUCCCAUCUCCGUGACACAGCAAAUCAGAAGAAACAGCACUAUGAAAGCUGUUCCGAGGAGGCGGCACACACUGCAGUUAGAACACUAAUAGACCUCGGGGUCCUUCUGCAGAUGUAUCAGACAGGAGGCAUCUUCCUUGGUGUUAGUCCUUUGUUCCAGUUGUCAGAAAACAGGCAGAAGCUGCAGCGGUUCAUCUCACAGUACCUCUACAAUUAAUGUUAAGUGUACAGAAUGACUCAAGGCCUUGUCGUCGCUUUGUUCUACUGCAAUAAUCUGACUUCUUUCUUUGUUAGUGUCAGGAAAAGCCUUUGUUCUGUUAAAAAAAAAAGUUAAGAAUGUAUCUUUUGGUUUGCAUUGUAUAAUUUUUCUUUCAAGUUAUUUUUGCAGCUGCAGGAGAGGAUUACGAAGCUCCUGUCAUCAGCUGCAAUAGAAAUUUUCCAAAAAGCAAUUUAAACAUGUUUAUGGUGUAAUUAAAACUGUUCAGAUUUUGGUUCUUGUAUGUAAAAUGUCGCGUUAAAUAAUAAUCAAACUGAAAAUAAACGCAAGUUCUUGGUU